AUGAAGAAGUUUCAGUUGCUUUCUCUGAUGUAUAUCGCCUUUGGCGGUGCUUUCUAUGGCUAUGACUUUGGCAUCAUCUCCUGCGUGCUGGGGUAUUCCGAAUUCAUAACGUACUAUAACUUGGACGCCAAUACCAUUGGAGCGUUCAACUCUGCCUACUAUGCUGCCUGCGCUGUCGGAACUGCAAUGAACACGUACUUACCCAACAAGUAUGGCCGCCUUUGGACAAUCCGCAUCGGAUGCUUGAUCUCUUUUGUCGGGAUCAUUCUGCAGACGGCCGCUGUCAAUUAUGCUAUGCUUCUGAUUGGUCGAAUCAUCGGUGGAAUAGCCACCGGUAUCAUCUUUGGGAUCUGUCCAGUCUAUGCCAGUGAAAUCUCUCCACCUCAGACGCGUGGAAGAGUUGGUGCCCUUUUCGCCCUCAACAUCUCGCUUGCCAAUUGCCUCACCGUCUGGAUCGGACUUGGCCUUUACUUUAUUCCAGGAAAUGCCGCUUUCCGUAUUCUCUUUGGGUUCCAACUCCUUCCAGGCAUUCUCAUGCUGGCAGGAUCGCCAUGGAUGCCGGAGUCUCCUCGAUGGCUGGCGUUGAUGGAUCGUUACGAUGACUGUCUGGCCGUUCUCAAGCAAAUCCACGGCAAUGAUCAGGAUGACUCUGAUUCAUUUUAUGCGCGUGAAUUCCAUCAGAUCCGAGCUCAGAUCGAAUUGGAAAAGACCGAGAAGGUGGGAAUCAAAGACAUUUUUGUCAAAGCCUCGUACCGAAAACGCGUGCUUCUUAUCAUGGCAUUCUACUUCUUCCAACAGGCGACUGGAAUUCUUCCUCAGUCGGUAUAUCAAGUUCAAAUCUAUACACUCUUGGGGACCGGUCCAGUCAUGUCUCUCGUUCUUGUCGGAGUCUGGGGCAGCGUGUCGACAUUUGCAGUUCUGAGCCUCGGCUUUUGGUUCGAUCGAAUUGGCCGUCGGAAUGCCCUGGUAUGUGCAGAAUGUUACGAAAUUGUAUCUCAUUCUUUACUAAUCGUAUUGGAAUAUUGCGGAAACACCAACCUCGGACUGGCAAAAGGCAUCAAUGUUGGCAUAUAUCUCACCGUGUUUGGCUACGCAGCUGUUAUGAACACUUUUGGUACCACAUACGCAUCAGAAAUUAUGCCCACCAAGAUCCGCCCUACCGGUGUGGCAGCUGGCUUUCUCGUGUUCAACGCGAUGGGCGUUCUGAUGACUCAGACUGCCCCAUUGGCAGUCGAGGCCAUCACAUGGAGAUACUUCAUCAUUUGGUUGGUCCUUGACUGUGUUUACGUGGUGAUUGUGUAUUUCUAUUACCCGGAGACGAAGAACAAGACUCUCGAGGAUCUGGCAGGCGUGUUUGGCGACAAAGUCGCUGAGUCCUGGGAAGAGACAAAGUUGCAUGUUGAGGGCGGCAACAGGGGCGUCGACAUCGACCCAGUUACGGUCUCCGAGGAGAAGGCAACUGAAGCUCAGGUGAUCACCUCACCGAAGCACAUCGAGAGUAUUAGGGGAUCCACAGCUUAG